AUGCUCCAUGGCUCCGGGCCUGGCGCAAGCGGGUGGGCCAACUUCAACCGCAACAUUGAGCCGCUGGUGAAUGCCGGUUACCGCGUCAUUCUGAUGGACUGCCCAGGCUGGAGCAAAAGCGAUCCAAUCGUCAGCGAAGGCUCGCGCUCGCAUCUCAACGCACAAGCGCUCAAGGGUUUACUUGAUGCGCUAGACCUCGACCAGGUGCACAUCGUAGGCAACUCGAUGGGCGCCCACACCACGGUGGCAUUCGCGCUCGACUACCCCGAACGCAUUGGCAAAUUGGUGCUGAUGGGCGGCGGUACAGGCGGCAACAGUGCCUUUGUGGCGCAGCCCACCGAGGGCAUCAAGUUGAUCGGCGCGCUGUAUCGCGAUCCCACGAUUGAGAACCUGAAGAAGAUGAUGACCGUCUUCGUCUUUGACGCCAGCAGCAUGACUGAAGAGUUGUUCCAGACGCGCUUGGACAACAUUCUUGCCCGUAAGGAACACCUGGAAAACUUUGUCAAAAGCAGCACGCUGAACCCCAAACAAUUCCCCGAUGUCAGCCACCGCCUGCACGAGAUCAAAGCCCAAACCCUGAUCGUCUGGGGCCGUGAAGAUCGGUUCGUGCCCAUGGACACCGGCCUGCGCCUGCUGGCCGGCCUACCGGAUGCCCAACUGCAUGUGUUCAACCGUUGCGGCCACUGGGCUCAGUGGGAACACGCCGAGACGUACAACCGCCUGCUCGCUGCUGACCUGCGUAACGCGGACGCUCACCGCCAAGCGAUUGCGCCGCUGCGCGAACAGAUCGGCGAAGACAAUGCCGAUGCGGCUUACGCCAUUCAGCGCCUCAACGUGGCUCACGUUGUCGCCAAUGGCGGCCGUGUUGUGGGUCGCAAGAUUGGUCUGACCAACCCAAAAGUACAACAGCAACUGGGGGUGGAUCAGCCGGACUUCGGCACCUUAUUCGCGGCCAUGUGCUACGGCGAUAACGAGACCGUGUCUGCCAGCCGCGUCCUGCAGCCAAAAAUAGAAGCCGAGAUCGCCUUGGUUCUGGAGCGUGAUCUGCCCUUUGCAGACACCACGUUUGCUGAUGUAGCAGUUUCCGUUGGUUGGGUUAUGCCAGCACUCGAAAUAGUCGGCAGCCGCAUCCAGGACUGGAACAUUCGCUUCGUCGACACCGUGGCAGACAACGCAUCGAGCGGCGCGUUUGUACUGGGCGGCCCGGCCCGGCGCCUGGACGGGCUAGACCUGCGUCAAGCCAGCAUGCGCAUGACCCGCAACGGUGAGCUGGUGUCCAGCGGUAGUGGAGCAGAAUGCCUCGGCCACCCAUUGAAUGCAGCUGCUUGGCUGGCGCGGACCCUCGCUCGUCUGGGCGAUCCGCUGCGCGCCGGGGACAUCAUCUUAACCGGCGCAUUGGGGCCCAUGGUGGCGGUGGCUGGGGGUGACCGAUUCGAGGCUGAGAUCGACGGCGUAGGCCGAGUCAGCUUGAAUUUUAGUGCCGAGAGAUCCGUGGCCAGCGCACAAGUGAGGCAACAACCA